ACAGACACGACACGAAUUCGCCUCUACAACUGCUACGUACUGCCGAUACUACUCUACAACUGCGGGACCUGGGCGCUUACACCAACGGAGCUUCACCGACUCGAAAGCUUUCACCGUCGCCAGCUACGGUCUCGGCCGCUCCGUCACCGGAUCACAUCUGCGAGGUGGGGGCUUCUCGGGCACAUUCUACGGCGACUACAAGAUAUCCCGGCGUUUAUCCAGAUGAAGGCGUAUUUCUCUUCCUCCGACAGCAGCAAGUGGAGAGGUAGGCCCCGCACCACACUGCCUCUCGUCCUCGACCCGGACCUUGAUGCUAGAGACUCGACGUAUGCGGACACCACACUAUGCCGCCGACUAGCUAAACUGAGACUAGCGCAG